UCGAAUAGAAAAUUUGCACGCGUUGAAUUCGAAUAGAAAGCAACCUAUGCGUUGUAUUCGUUUACAACACGUGUGUUAUGUUCGGGGCAAGACUGCAACAGCCGAAGGCAGAAGAGAACUCCGGUAACCUAUGCGUUGUAUUCGUUUACAACACGUGUGUUAUGUUCGGGGGAAGACUGCAGCAGCUGAAGGCCGAAGAGAACUCCCGUAGCAGAAGGUGCAACACGUGUGUUAUGUUCGGGGGAAGACUGCAGCAGCUGAAGGCCGAAGAGAACUCCCGUAGCAGAAGGCGCGAACCGUCGGGAAGAAGAAGGUCGUUUGACCAGAAGCAUCAGGAAGAAGAAGGUGUGAUCAGAAGGAUCAGGAAGAAGACACCCAUCCUCUGGUGUGUUUGAUGAUAUGGGUUUCUUCGGCAAGAAGGAGAAGGAAAAGGAGGAAGAACCUUGUCAUCGCCAUGCGUGUGUGAUUCAGCGGUGUUUGGUGAAGAACGACUUCGUACCAGACAAGUGUGCUCGCCCGAUUAUUGCACUGAGGAGCUGUUGUGAAGAACACAGCUACAAGUCGACGCACUGUGCCUCUUUGUCCGGGCUUAUAGAUAUCAUCAAUAAGAAGAACAAGAGCAUCAUCAAUAAAACAGCAGCAGGGACGACGACGACUCAGAAAGCAAGCGCUGAGACAAAGCAGCAGCAGCAGAAGUGACGUAGGAAAGCGCGAAUAAAAACUAGCCAUUAUAUUUCGUAAUGGCCUUCCAGAAGAGAGCAGCGGGGAAGAAAGAGGACUGAGUAAGGCGAGCGCUGAGACGAAGCAGCAGCGGAAUAAGGGGAGGAAAGAUCGAAUGAAAACUACUGUCUUACCGCGAACACAACUCACCCUGACAGCGAAUGUAUAGAAGCUAUCUUUCCAGUUCUGUGCAGUCAAACUGAGGGAGUUAUGUUCGGGAGAAGACGGGAGCCGUUGUUUCCUGUGAAUUCAACGAGGCAGCAGUGAGGACGACGAGACUAGCCGAGACAAAGCAGAAGCGGUUGUUUCCUGUGAAUGCAACAAGAAAGCGGUGAGACAAAGCAGCAGCGGGAUAAGCACAAAAGAUCGAAUAAAAACUAACCGUUGUUUCAUGUGAAUUUAUCGAGACCAAAUAUGUUAAAAAGCUUCCAUAUCCAAGGCUUCUCUGGGUUCGUGUGUCCAUUACAUUUAACUUCAUUUUAAAGGUAUUCUUAAUAUUGCGGAAGCUAAAAAAAGCAUCCAUCUGUGCACUUGUAUCUCCAGUUAUAUAAGUACGUACUACGUACAAAACGGUAUAAAAGUAUGAUGUAGCCUAAGCAUCCCCAUCUCCUGACCUGUCUCACUCAUGGGCCAUCGUGUCCUAUUUGGUCUCAUCUGUAUGUCUGUCAGGACAAACCAAUGGGAUGAAGAGGAGCAAAUGAAAGCGGUUCUAGAUC